CCCUGAGGGGCUCUCCCUAAAAGUCCUCUAUAUCCACUGGGGAGCGGCGACGCUCACCCUCUUAUUCCGCCUGUCAGAACAGGGAGAGGAGCUGUGCUGGGCAAAGAACUCCAAGUCGUGGCCACCUGAAGCGAAAGAUGUCUAAAGGACCAGCAGUGGGCAUUGAUCUGGGAACCACAUAUUCCUGUGUGGGCAUCUUCCAACAUGGCAAAGUGGAGAUCAUUGCCAACGACCAAGGAAACAGGACCACGCCCAGCUACGUGGCCUUUACAGACACAGAGAGGCUUAUCGGAGACGCCGCCAAGAACCAAGUGGCCAUGAACCCAUCCAACACCGUGUUUGAUGCCAAGCGUCUCAUUGGUCGCAAGUACGAUGACCCAGUGGUGCAGUCAGACAUGAAACACUGGCCCUUCAAGGUUGUGAAUGAUGCGUCUAAACCCAAGGUGGAGGUUGAAUACAAAGGUGAAAUCAAGGCCUUCUACGCUGAGGAGAUUUCCUCAAUGGUUCUUACAAAGAUGAAGGAGAUCUCUGAAGCUUAUCUUGGCAAGCCUGUUACCAAUGCGGUUGUCACGGUUCCGGCUUACUUCAACGACUCCCAGCGUCAAGCCACCAAAGACGCUGGAACCAUUGCUGGUCUUAACGUGCUCCGCAUCAUCAAUGAGCCCACCGCUGCGGCCAUCGCUUACGGCCUGGAUAAAAAGGUUGGUGGUGAGCGUAACGUUCUUAUCUUUGACCUUGGAGGGGGAACAUUUGAUGUAUCAAUCCUAACAAUUGAGGACGGCAUCUUUGAGGUCAAGUCCACAGCUGGCGACACACACUUGGGUGGCGAGGACUUUGAUAACCGCAUGGUUAACCACUUUGUUGCUGAGUUCAAGCGUAAAUUCAAGAAGGAUAUCAUCAACAACAAACGGGCGGUGCGCCGCCUGCGCACGGCCUGUGAGCGCGCCAAGCGCACCCUCUCCAGCAGCACCCAGGCCAGCAUCGAGAUCGAUUCGCUCUUUGAAGGCGCAGAUUUCUACACCUCCAUUACCAGGGCUCGCUUCGAGGAACUCAACGCCGACCUGUUCCGUGGGACCCUUGAGCCCGUGGAGAAGGCCCUGAGGGACGCCAAGAUGGACAAGACGCAGAUCCACGACAUUGUGCUGGUGGGCGGCUCCACCCGUAUCCCUAAGAUUCAAAAGCUACUGCAGGACUUUUUCAACGGCCGUGACCUCAACAAGAGCAUCAACCCUGAUGAGGCUGUGGCCUAUGGCGCAGCUGUGCAGGCCGCCAUCUUGGCUGGUGAUAAGUCUGAGAAUGUGCAGGACCUGCUCCUGCUGGAUGUCACACCGCUGUCCCUGGGAAUUGAGACCGCUGGAGGGGUGAUGACCGUUCUUAUCAAGAGGAACACCACCAUCCCCACCAAGCAAACUCAGACCUUUACCACGUACUCAGACAACCAGCCUGGUGUGCUCAUUCAGGUGUAUGAAGGCGAGAGGGCCAUGACCAAGGACAAUAACAUCCUAGGCAAGUUUGAACUGACUGGUAUCCCACCUGCUCCCAGAGGAGUCCCUCAGAUUGAGGUGACCUUUGACAUCGAUGCCAACGGCAUCCUUAACGUGUCUGCUGUGGACAAAAGCACCGGGAAGGAAAACAAAAUCACCAUCACUAAUGACAAAGGCCGUCUGAGCAAAGAGGACAUCGAGCGAAUGGUGCAGGAGGCAGAACAGUUCAAAGCUGAGGACGACGUCCAGAGAGACAAAGUCACCGCCAAGAACUCCCUCGAGUCUCUGGCGUUCAACAUGAAGAGCACCGUGGAGGACGAGAAGCUCCAAGACAAGAUCGGCCCGGAGGACAAAAAGGCCAUUGUGGACAAGUGCAAUGAAGUUAUUGCCUGGCUGGACAAGAAUCAGACUGCAGAGAAAGAAGAGUACGAGCAUCAGCAGAAAGAACUGGAGAAGGUUUGCAACCCCAUCAUCUCCAAACUCUACCAGGGGGGAGUGCCUGGUGGGAUGCCUGGUGGGAUGCCUGGUGGGAUGCCCGGCGGUUUCCCUGGUGGACCUGGAGCCGGCUCCUCCUCUGGCCCAACUAUUGAGGAGGUUGACUGAGUGCUGCAGUGAAACGCCUUUACCUCAUGUUCCAGCAAGCACUGUCCUAAAAUCCAAUAAACUCUACGUCACAGCCUAUGUGUAAUUUUAACUAAUAAAAUGAUCUAAACUACAUCUAAAAUACACACUUAUUUCCUCCUCAUUCAUGAAACACGUUGUGAUGAUGUGCAUGACCCAAAUAUGAAAUCAAUAAAGGCGAGUUUCUGAAAAAUUUA